AUGCUGGCCGGAUGGCAGUUUGCGUCGACUGCCGAUGCAGGAUAUGUUGAAAAUGAUGUGGAAGAUGAUGACUUGUUACGAACCAAAGAUGAAGAAAGGCCACAAGUGGUGGUUUUGGAUCCUCUAAAUGACAUGAAUGAAAAGGAACUGGAAACUGAACUGGAGAAGAAACGUGCAGAGGAGGAUAGACGCAAAAUUGAAGAGAGAAAAAUUGUCUUCAAAAAGCCGGACAAGCGAAAAGAAGGAGGACCGACGGGAAAAACGUCCUCAAAACGGUGCCGCAUGGAGCAGCAAAAGAGCGCUGCUGUAUCGGAUACGAGAUUGCUAUCUUUCAAUGAAGAUGAGCCUGAAGAAAGCUAA